AGCGCAGCAGGGCGCGGCUCCACUGGAGAAGGUAUGAGCGCAGUGAACUCUGGGAAGAUCAACAAUGUCGCCGCAUCUCAAAACGCACAAGAUACAGUAGGACAGGACUCUGAGCUAGGGUUUUAUCAUAAUCCUGAAGGAUUUGAGUUUGGGGACUUCUCUCUGACUGCUGUCACAAAAUGAUGCGCUUCCUGUUGCUGUUCAGCCGGCAGGGGAAGCUGCGACUGCAGAAAUGGUUCACACCAAUAACAGACCGGGAGAAGAAGAAGGUGAUCCGGGACAUGAUGAUGUUAGUGUUGGCCCGUCCACCACGUUCCUGCAAUUUCCUCCAUUACAGGGACCUCAAGAUCGUUUACAGGAGGUAUGCCAGCCUGUAUUUCUGCACUGGUCUGGAGAACCAGGAUAACGAGCUGCUGGGCCUUGAAGUGCUGCACAGAUAUGUCGAGUUGUUGGAUAAAUACUUUGGCAACGUGUGUGAGUUGGACAUCAUUUUUAACUUUGAGAAGGCUUACUACAUCCUGGAUGAAUUCCUGAUGGGAGGAGAAGUUCUAGAAACAUCCAAAGUAGCUGUUAGUGUAUCUAUGGAGGAGGCUGACACACUCCAAGAGACAAUGGAGGAAUACAUGAGCAAACCUGCCUACUGAGCCAAGGAGGCCUCACAUUUCACCACUCAAAGCAAAAGGUUUAUUAAUCCUCAACAUUUUUAUUUAGUAACAAAUGACUCAUUUGGCAUAACGCUGUGGUCAUACAAUAACCUCAAUCCUGGUGAUUUUUUAUGUUUCUGCUUAGUUUUUAAGAAUUGUAAUUACGUUUGGAUCUGUAAGUGCCUUUUAAGCCUCAUAUUUAUUAAUCUCAGGGUUUGAUGACAGGAGAUAUGACAGAAAAAAAGUAUUUUUUUCCAAUUUAUCGAAAUACUUCCUUUUUUUUUAAAUAUUUAAACAUGUUUUUUGUAAUCAUACAUGUCAGGCAAGACAGGUUUAAACGUAUGCAUUGUGUGAUGGUGAGUAAAUGAAGAAACACUACACAGUAAGGAAAAAAUAAAGUCAAUGCUUUAUUAACCUCAGGUAUGUCACAUAUGACCACAUUUAAAAAAGAAUUACCAAAAAAACACAAGUAAAUCUAAGGGAUCCAACACUGAUUUUG